UGUAUUCGCCAUGUCUGAUAUCGCAGAUUCGCCAGAAACGUUCACCAAAACAUUUUAAAUAAAUAUAAUGUAAACUAAAUUAAGAUCUAAUACGAUAAAAAAAUGACAACGCUAGCAGUCAAUACUGAAAGGAUUUAGUUUUUAUUUACAAACCAUGGACUUUUUGAAUGCAGGUGGUGUUUCUAUCUUCAUGUGCAAGAUCUGCAACCUCUUCUCUCCUAGUCAGGCAAAACUUCUUACACAUGUCUCAGAGAAGCACACAAUUGAGGGUCUCAGUCCUGAUGAAAUCAUUGUACCUCUUAGACCUUUAUCAACAACCACCCAAUCUGAGAAGAGUGGAGAAUGCACCGUUAAGAGGAAACGAGGCAGGCCCAAGGGGUCGACUAAGAAGUUCUACACAGAAGGAGAGCUUUUGGAAACGAGUGGCCAAGGAAGUCAAGAAGCACAGGCCGAGGCAGUUGAGGAGGUGGAGUCUGAGGAUAGCAGCACUUUGGAGUGCAAGAAAUGCAGUCGCAAAUUCUGCAACAAGAGACAAAUAAAGAAGCACAUCUGCAUUAUAGGACUGAAGGAAGAGGGUGAAGAGGAAGAAGACAAUGACAAUGACCCUGAUGUAAAGCUGGCUUUAGAAGACGGAGAAGAAGACAGGGAAAGGGCUCCAAAGAGGUCACGGGUGCCACGAAUUGAGAAGUCCUCUUCUGUGAAGGACUCUGACCAGACAAGUGGCCUCAAGAAGCCCAUCAUUAGUGUUGUUCUUACAGCUCAUGAAGCUAUACCAGGUGCUACAAAAAUUGUUCCAAUCGAGGCCUCACCUGCAGAAACUGCUCCAGUUGUAGAUUCAGAGUCAACUGGCCCAGACACAGGUUUAAAAAGGGGCUAUCAGGAAUAUGCUAUACAACAGACAGCGUAUGAAUUGCCACUGAAGUCCAACAGGCUGGGACAAACACAGCUUAAAAUCUUCACCUGUGAGUACUGCAACAAGGUGUUUAAGUUUAAGCACUCCUUGCAAGCCCAUUUGCGCAUUCAUACAAAUGAGAAGCCUUUCAAGUGUCAGCAUUGUGACUAUGCCAGUGCGAUCAAGGCCAAUCUAAGCGUUCACCUGCGGAAGCACACGGGGGAGAAGUUCAGCUGCGAGUACUGUGCCUUCAACUGCCUCAGCAAGGGGCACCUCAAAGUGCACGUCGAGCGCGUGCACAAGAAGAUCAAGCAACACUGCCACUUCUGCAAAAAGAAGUACUCUGACGUCAAGAACCUGCUGAAACACAUCCGCGUGAGCCAUGACAUGGAGGACAAGAAAGUGAAAGACUCCUACGACGAACUUUGUCUCCAAACCAGAGAAGGCAAACGGCAGCUGCUCUACGAUUGUCACAUUUGUGACCGCAAGUUUAAGAAUGAGCUGGACAGGGACCGCCACAUGAUGGUUCAUGGCAGCCAGAGGCCUUUUGGCUGCGAACUCUGUGACCAUGGCUCCACCAAGUACCAAGCGCUGGAGGUUCACAUUCGCAAGCAUCCCUUCAUCUACAUAUGUGCCAUCUGCCUGCUCAAGUUUGUCAGCUCCGUCAGGUUGAAGGUGCAUAUCCGAGAAGCCCACAGUGAUUUGGAAGAGUUGGCGGUUUUCAGUGAUUCCAUCAAUCAGAGCUUCUGUCUCCUAGAACCCGGCAGCGAUGUCCAACGGGAAACACUAAAACAGGAAGAGUUGCAGAUGACUGAGGAGCUGUCUCUCUUGAACACCCAGGACGGGUUUGUUCCAGAGCUUGGAACAGCUGAAGUAGUUGCAGCACCUCAAACAGACGAAGGCUUAGCCGUAGAAGGUCAUCUAUUGGUGCAGGAAACUGGGUUUGCAGAAACGAUGGCAAGCUUUUCUCAAGAGGUCUGCUCAACACAGAAUAGUCAGAUACAGGAGACUAAAGUGAUACAUUUAGUUGAAGGUCCAGUGCAGCCUAAUUUGCCAGAGCCUAAUAGUGAAAGUUUGAAGCAGGACACAAUUUCUGAACCAGCCAACGAGAAGCUAUUGCAAGAGGAAUGUAACCAGCACAUGGUCGAAAGCUCUUGUGCUGUUGAGAGCACCAGUCAUGUUCUCCUACCAGUGCCUUUGGAAACAAGCACCACAACAAGCAAAGAAGAAUUAUCUUACAGUCAGCAGCCGGCUGAGCAUCAUGUUGUUUUACAGGAAGAGUCAUCAUCAGCCAAGCAAAAUACUGACAAAGCACGUGAAGGAACACCUGAAAAUGUGGAAACCACAGGGCAGGAUGAAAUUUUGCCAAAUGGAGAACUUGCAGAGACAAACUUAACAUCAAACGCUAAAGAAGAAAGGACAGCUUUCAAGCAGAUUGUGGACAGCAUGCAAAAGAGACAACUGAACAUGGAAGUCUUUGAAAAGAUACGGAAGGUUUAUGGGGAUCUGGAGUGUGAAUACUGUGGUAAAUUAUUCUGGUAUCAGGUGCAUUAUAACAUGCACAUUCGCACUCACACCCGUGAGCAUCUACAUUACUGCUCCCAGUGUAACUACUCUUCCAUCACCAAGAACUGCCUGAAACGACAUGUGAUUCAGAAACACAGCAAUAUCCUCCUCAAGUGUCCCACAGAGGGGUGUGAGUAUAGCACACCCGACAAGUACAAGCUACAGGCACAUCUAAAGAUACACACCGACAUGGAUAAAAGAAGUUAUGUCUGCCCUGUGUGUGAGAAGACCUUUCCUGAGGAUCGACUUAUUAAAUCUCACAUCAAAACCUACCAUCCAGAUGUAUCGAUGAACAAAAUCUCAGAAAUUCUUGGAAGGAGAGUGCAGCUGAAGGGGCUAAUUGGAAAACGUGCAUCCAAGUGCCCUUAUUGUGACUGUUACUUCAUGAGAAAUGGUUCUGACCUUCAGCAACACAUAUGGGCCCAUGAAGGAGUGAAACCCUUCAAGUGCUCCCUCUGUGAUUAUGCCACUCGUAGCAAGAGCAACCUCAAGGCCCACAUGAACCGACACAACACCGAGAAAACACACCUGUGCGACAUGUGUGGGAAGAAGUUCAAAUCCAAAUGCACUCUGAAGAGCCACAAGCUAAUGCACACAGCUGAUGGCCGGCAGUUUAAAUGCACUGUGUGUGAAUAUACAGCAGCUCAGAAGCCCCAGCUUCUGCGCCACAUGGAACAACACGCCUCAUUUAAGCCUUUCCGAUGUGCACACUGCCACUAUUCUUGCAACAUGUCUGGAUCCCUGAAAAGGCACUACAACAAAAAGCAUCCCAAUGAACAAUACACAAACGCAGGCUUGGGUACUCCAGCUGCAGAUAUGCUGCUUCAACAAGGAGGUGUCAAGUGUCCUGUCUGUAACUUUGUUUAUGGCACGAAAUGGGAGAUGAAUAGACAUCUUAAAAACAAGCAUGGUCUUAAGCUUGUGGAGACUGAUGGAAAUCAGUGGGAGCAGGUUGUAGAAUCCUCCUUGGACGAGCCAUCUACCCAAUAUCUCCAUAUUACAGAGACUGAAGAUCUCCAGGGAACUGAGGCUGCUGUAGCAGCACUCCAGGAUCUGCGGUACAACACUGAAAAUGGAGAGAGAUUGGAUCCCACGGCAGUUAAUAUUCUUCAACAAAUAAUUGAGCUUGGCUCAGAGAAUCAUGACACUGCUGUCGCCUCAGUAGUUGCUAUGGCUCCUGGAACUGUGACUGUGGUGGAACAGGUUGCUGAAGAGGAGCAACAAGGGAACCACGCAGUGAUGAUUCAAGAGGCUUUACAACAAGCAUCAGUAGGCCUAGGAGAGGAACACCAUCUGGUAGUCUCCUCGGAUGAUGUGGAAGGAAUUGAGACUGUUACUGUUUACACACAGGGAGAAGAUGCUUCCCAGUUCAUUGUGUAUGUCCAGGAGGCUGUUCAAGCAGAGGAGCAAACUGUUGAAACUGUCUGAUGCUCGGAAAGCAAGAUUGUGCUCUUUGAAAAGGAGGAGUAGAGUGUAUCAAAAACCGUUGUGAAGAAAUUUUUAAAAUAUAAAUUGUAGAUGUAGGGCAACUCAGAUAUACCCUUUUCUUCACAUAAAUAUGUUGAAUGACCAGAACUCAAUAUGUGAUUGUUAGCGUCUAGAUUAUCCUGAUUUUAUGGAUAAAACAACAAAGUCACUCAGAGGAAACUUCCAUGAAAGGGCCACGCUUCUCGAAUUAAAAGUAAAAACAAUGUCAGGAUUUUGUAUCAUAGUAAUAUUUAAUCUCUCCCAAUUGCUUUAGUUUAACAUUUUUAAAAAAAGCUAGACUGACACAGAAUCAGAUUUCUGAAGAUCCUGUUAUUGGUAUUAGUGAUAUGACUCCAUUCCAAACAUUUCAAUUUCAGUUAAUAUGGGAUGGAUAGAUAGUUUAAUUAAUUAAUUUUCAAUUAAUAGUUUUGCACUUUUAAUGUAAAAGGAAAAGUUUCUACCAGAAAGCAUCUUGAUAAAUGCCCUUGAGAUUAAAUGAGCUGUUUAAUCCAGAAA